AGUCUCUGUGAGAAUACAUUGAAACCUCCAGAGAUAAAAUUGUGCCUUUAAUUUGUACUUUAUUUGAGUUCAAAUGUUGAAAAGUAAACUUUAUUGCACUCAACGGAGGUGAAAAUUGUUGCGGUAGAUUUUUCAUUUGUGUCGUAUGAAAUAUUCAUUGCGGAUUUCUUGAGGUUAAACAUUAAAGUAAUUUCUUCUUGAUGGGAACCAUUCUACCGUAGCAUGACCGACACGUUUUAUGUUCAACAAGCAAUUGCAACAUUUCUCAAGUUUAACAAUUUAGAAUUUUCUGAACCGCAGCAAAAAUCUACAAGAUAAAGUAUUAAUCUUUUUUAACUCACGUAACAUCAUAACCGUUUAAGAAAACAUAACGAUGGCGCUUUUACAAGCAUCAAAAUAUUUCUUUACGAAACAUCCCCUCAUAGCAAAUUGUAUGGUUUAUGGAUCUCUUUAUGUGGGUGCCGAACUCUCACAACAGACAAUAAUGAAAAAAUUUCUCAGCAAAAUACCGCAAGAUAUUGACAAGCCAACACUUGGUCGUUAUGCCGUCAUGGGUACUUUUAUUUAUUCUCCGAUUUUAUUCAACUGGUACAAGUGGCUCGACCGAACGUUUCCUGGAACUACGCGUAAAAUAAUUGUGCGGAAAUUACUUCUGGAUCAAUUUAUUUUAACGCCUAUCUUGCUGGUGCUGUUUUAUACGGGAAUGUCGUUAAUGGAGAUGCAAAAGCAUCCGUUCGACGAGUGUCAAAAAAAAUUUCUUUCAACCUUUCAACGGUCGUGUGUGUUUUGGCUUCCGGCUCAAACUAUCAACUUUUUGAUUGUUCCGCCACAAUUUAGAGUUGUCUAUAUGGGAUUCGCAUCAUUCCUAUGGGUCAACAUAUUAUGCUAUAUUAAACGACAAAAGCUGACGGUACAAAAAAGCAAUUAGUUUUAAGUUAAGUCGUUGGCAAAAUGUUUUCCACUCGUUACCAUAAUUGAAUUUCCUUCCCUUCUAAUGGUUCGUUACUCAAGCCAUGCAUCCAACCAUAAGUCUCUAAAAUUGAGAACUUUUUCUUUUCCUCUUUCACUUCAUUCUAUUCCUUCUUCACUCAGCAUUUAAUUAUGGAUAGAACGAAAAAGAAGUAUUUUGUUAUUAACUCAAAAAUUUUUAUAAUUAUGUAAGACAGAAAAAUAUUUGAUUCGUAUUAGAAGAAAAGAUAAAAAAUUAAGUGCACUUUCUAAAUAUCUAUAAAAUCAUUACAGGGUAAUAAUUAUAUCAACCCAAACUUUCUGUACUUUUAUGCACCAAAGCACAACAUUGAAAUUGCCUUUUAUAAUCUAAUUGUUCAAUAGGGAACGAACUUUUUAAGUCAUCAAAAAUCUUAUUAAGAAGGAAGGAAGAAAAACUUCCCAGAGAUUGAAAAAGUUUCUCUGCUUUUAAUCUACAGUGAAAUUUUAAUAAAAUCUUCUGACAUUUUGAAGCUUGC